UCUCCACAUAUUUAUAUAUAAUAACAAUUCCGCCCACGACCUGUUUGCACCGGUGGAUCAAACGAAAAUCCAAACCGUACAAUUUUAUGUUUUAGAAAACAUUUAGCGGUAUAUUUUUGUACGUAUAGGGGUCGACAAACACUUAAACCUAACAUAUUCAUUUUUCACAUACAUUACACCCAUUACAGAAAAUAAUAAAAGUAAAUAGAAAAUCCUUUCAAAGCUGGAAAAAAUGAUUUUUAAAAAAAAUUAGCACAUCAAAUAAACAACAUAACAUAAACUUACACUACCAACACAACAAAUACACAACACCAAUUGCAAAAAACAAGUAUUAGAGUUCAUCUCCAUACCUCAACCAUAUUACAAUACAAAUCCUUGAAAAUUAAUGACCACACCAACACAUAAAAUUCACAAACAAGUCAUCACAUGGACACAUUAAGAAAGAACCCCCAACGUCCAUAACCCCGCGCUUGCGCGGGGAUUCUGCCCCUAGUUAGAAAAAUAGGACACUUUAAACUUUUAUUUGUCACAAUAAUACUUCUGAUAUUUGGGCAAUCCCGAACAACUUUUACCCUUUUUAUGAAAAAAAUAGUAAAUUAAAUUUUAAAAAUAUUAAAAAAUAUGAAAACUAUUGAAAACAUAAGUAUGAAAAUAUAUAUGUCUUAAAGUUUUUUUUUUUAAAUGGAAUCAGAUUUUAUUUUAUCUUCUGGCUACAGUUAUAAUACUCAUUCCGGUCAUCUACUUAGUCUAGAAAUCGGAUACUAAGUUUUAUACAUAGAUAUAUCUUGGAUAUACAACGUAAACUAGCAUUUCUUAUAUAUUCUAACCAAGCUAUAUUUCGAAACGUUAUAAUAAAGAAAGAUGUCUUCAGUAUACCUACAGUUGGUAACGACAUAUAACCACAACGCAGUGAUAUACCUUAUCUAUAUUAUGUGCCAUAACAUGUUCUGCUUUUUACCUUAUGUGGCGCUUAAGGAAGAACACAUCUACACUACUGUGUUCUGAGUUAGGUAGGAAAUAUAUUCUACGUGAAAUCCGAAAAUAUGGAUACUUCCAUAUUCGGUUAAAGAUGUUUCCUAAAUCGAAACUAAAUCUUCCCUAAAUAUCUCAUAGAAUAUUUUCUCCCACGUUUUUUUCCUUCUCCCACGAUCUUUUCUCUUCGUUGUUUGUGUUUCUCUCUUCUUCAUCAACAUAAUCAUCUCUUUUCUCUAUCAAUACAACAUGGUUCUAAUCUACGUUAAAUCUGGUGAAUGGAUGUGUAGUUACAGUGAUGAGUGGUUGACAAUGAAACUGAGUUAUCUCCCUAUUUUUGACAUUAAAAUUAUACUAUUACUUUUUCAAAUUCUGGCUCCUUUAAAGAAACGAUUCCAACAACCGUUAAACUGGUGCUAUGAUGUCUCUAACAUCAUUGCAGAAGAUAAACAACUUAAAAACAGAAGCACAAAUUGCAAAUCCAAUUAGAUUAAUAUAUAAAUACAAAAUAGUGAUCCCAUCAAGAACAAAGUAGAAGAGUGAGAUUAGUCUACAUGGCAAGAGUAAAACACACUGUGAACUCAAAGGAUUCACCAGCAAAGAGUAACAGACACAACAACACAACUUUUUUUUAGAAACUAUACAAAAAGCUACUCAUAAUGUCACCCUUAACGUCUAAUUUUCAUAUUAGUGGGGACCAAUUAAAUUGUCAAUAUGUUCUUCUUCUUCUUCCUUUUAUUUAUCUCCCAGUCUUUAGAGAUUCUUAUCAGAAGAUCAUGCAACGAUUAUUGUUCUUUUUCUUCUUCUGUUUUGGUGCCUGAAACACCAUUUUUAUCAGUUUAUGGCUCAAUCAAACACUGCCUUCACAUACUGCAGAAUCCCUAAAAUAUAGCAAAACUCAACUCUUUUACAAGAGGUUAUGCAAAUAUACGAACCUUGACGUGAGAUUUUUAUAAUGCCUAGAACUACAUUCAGUUACUUCAGUUCUUCUCUCUGCAGAAUUCUUAACAAUAUUAGACCAUUUUCUUUUCAUGAAGAACCUGGUACUCAUGGUGAGACUAAGCGUUUGAAGACAAUACCUGGUGUGUAGUAAUUGGCACUGCACCAGGAUGAUCUAUGAAGAAUUGCUUGUUAUCUCGAAGGUCUAUAAAUACCAAAUAUAUGACUAUUAAAAACUCUGUUAAGAAAACUUAAAAACUAUCCUGUAGCCACAAGAUUUUUAGGAACCGAACCAGAGAAUAUUCAAUCAAAACAAUAGCAAAGGUAAGCUUAAUCAGGAAGAAGGUAGGAUUCUCCUCAAGCCAAAAUCACCAUUGAAGGGCUUUAAAAGCUUAGGCGGAGAAGAUCAUAGAAUUAGAAAAAUAAUUAGGGUAAACAUGUUACCUUUUCAUGUUUUUUUACUUUUAAAAAUAAAAUAAUUUAUAAUUAAACUAAAUUAUGUAUUUAAUUGAAAAUUUAAUUUGGUUAAUCUAAAGGUAUUAUGGUAUUAACAUUAAUAUAAAUCUUAUUUCUCCACCUAACUAAGAAAAAAUACUAGAGGGACAAACCUAGGGUGAAAGUGUCCCUUUUAUCCAAUUUUCCCUUUUCUUUUUCAUUUUAUGGCAAGACUCCCCAAGAUAUUUUUCCUUUUUAUUAGAAGUAUUUGGAUAAAUGGUAUUUAUUGUAUUAAAAAGGAAAACAAAAUCAAUUUGGUCAAACAAAGGAAUACAAAUUUAACUCUUUAGAUGCAAACAAAAUUAGGCUAGAAUAGAAGUGAAUCCGAAAAAAUAAUAAAUAAUUUUGACUUGAUUUUUUUAUGGAUUUGAUGAAUGGUAAAUGAAAUAAAGUAAUUUUAAUUAGGACAUUGUUUCUAGUCAUCACAGUAGCUUACUGCCCUAUUUACAUCAACUUCAGAUGGCAGUAUUCCUACAUAAACAUGCCAUAAGAUUAGGAGAAAAAAUCACUUAUAGCAACAUAAAUCAGUCUUAGCAGCAGAGCCAGAUCUGAGAUUUCCCAGGGACUAUAAACAUUUCUAAAGAACUGUAAUAAAAAAAAAAUUCUUUCACAAUUUUGAGAGCAUAUAUCUUUUAUAUAUAACCUCUAAAUUUUUUAGUGAUGUGCCCAAAUCCGGCCUGCUUAGUAGCAUAAGAUUCAUACCUUGAACCUUUGCCUCAAUUUCAAUCUCUUCACUCUGGGAUUCAGAUAUUGUUUUCAGAAAUGGAAGCAUCAGUGAAAUCAAGUAUUGGAGAUGAUGGCAUGUUUCAGAAAUUGAGAGUUCCUUGUUCGAUGUAUGUUCAGAUACUACUAGUUAGCAAAGAAAACCCAUCACGAUGUUCCAAUAAUCACUUAGCAUGAUAUCAUCAUCAGAAAGUGAGAGUUCCUUGUUCGAUGUCUGUUCAAUACCUGGUGUGUAGUAAUUGGAACUGCACCAGGAUGAUCUAUGAAGAAUUGCUUGUUAUCUCGAAUGUCUGCAAAUACCAAAUAUAUGACUAUUAAAAACUCUGUUAAGAAAACUUAAAAACUAUCCUAGAGCCACAAGAUUUUCAGGAACCGAACCAGAGAAUAUUCAAUCAAAACAAUAGCAAAGGUAAGCUUAAUCAGGAAGAAGGUAGGAUUCUCCUCAAGCCAAAAUCGCCAUUGAAGGGCUUUAAAAGCUUAGGCGGAGAAGAUCAGAGAAUUAGAAAAUAGUUAGGGUAAACGUGUUACCUUUUCUUGCUUUUUUACUUUUUUACUUUUUAAAAAUAAAAUAAUUUAUAAUUAAACUAAAUUAUGUAUUUAAUUGAAAAUUUAAUUUGGUUAAUUUGAAGGUAUUAUGGUAUUAACAUUAAUAUAAAUCUUAUUUCUCCAACUAACUAAGAAAAAAAAAAUACCAGAGGGACAAACCUAGGGUAAAAGUGUCUUUUUUAUCCAAUUUUGCUUUUUCUUUUUCGUUUUAUGGCUAGACUUUCCAAAAUAUUUUUCCUUUUUAUUAGAAGUAUUUGGAUAAAUGGUAUUUAUUGUUUAAAAAAAGAAAACAAAAUUAAUUUGGUCAAACGAAGGAAUACAAAUUUAAAUCUUUAGAUGCAAACAAAAUUAGACUAGAAUAGAAGUAAAUCCGAAAAAAUAAUAUAUAAUUUUGACUUGAUUUUUUUUAUGGAUUUGAUGAUUGGUAAAUGAAAUAAAGUAAUUUUAAUUAGGACAGUGUUUCUAGUCAGCAAAUAUCAUAUUAAUGAGAACUAGAUCUUUAUAUUCCUCAUUUAUAUUUCUCUCUCAUUGUAAUAAAAACCUGUGGAUUUUAAAACAAAAAGAGUUAUUAACAUAUUAAAAAGAUUAUUAAUGACUUGUCACGUGUUCGUUUGGUAACCAGGGACAAAUCCUGUUGGCUCAAGGCGUUAGAGUAGAGUAACGUAUGUAACGCUAAAUUCUCUCUCUAGCUGGAAUCUAGGCUUCGGUAGAGAAUCAUCGUUGCUUCCAACGCGUUCGGCGAAAAAAUGGGCAGUGUGAGUGUGGAGCAUUACAGUCUUCUGAUGGAGAAAUCUCUAACUUAUUCUUGGUGGACCAAGAAGAAGAGAAGUUUUAGAUUGUUCAAGUCCAAAGGUUCUACCAGUAGGAGGGGAGAUGAUGAGGCCUGGACGAGCUCCAAGCCUGCGAUAUCGAGAGUCUAUUGUAGGAAAAGGAAGCAUUCCGUAGACGAUCACGAUUUAGCGCUUGAAACCAACGACAAAAGAAGCAGCGAAGAUGUGAAACGCUCUGAUGAUGAUAUCAUGCUAAGUGAUUGGAUUACAAGGCGGAGGAACACCGUGGAAAAUAGGGAAGAAGAAGUUGAUGCUAAAUCUGAAGAUGAGGAUGAUUGCACAAUAUUAGAGAAUCAGAGUUCUAGAAAAAAGUUCUACAGACGCCAGGUAGAACUUGAAGAAGACCUGGAAUGGGAAAAAGAAGUUAACCUGAUUUCUAAGAUGAAGGAGGCAUCAUCCCGACGAAGAAGGAAAGCUUCCAACAUUCCUGAAAAUGACACAGAGUGUAAGGAACGCAAUGCAAUUUGCCACCAGUGCUUGAAAGGGGCAAGGGUAACUCUUCUCAGAUGCAGUGAAUGUGAAGACACCAUGUACUGUCUUCAAUGUACAAGGAAAUGGUAUCCAGAGUUACCUGAGGAUGAUGUCGUUGACAAAUGCCCUUCCUGCCGCAAAAACUGUAACUGCAGCAGAUGCUUGCAUUUGAAUGGUUUAAUCAAGACAUCGAACAAGGAACUCUCAAUUUCUGAAAGACGCCAUCAUCUUCAAUACUUGAUUUCACUGAUGCUUCCAUUUCUGAAAACAAUAUCUGAAUCCCAGAGUGAAGAGAUUGAAAUUGAGGCAAAGGUUCAAGGAAUACUGCCAUCUGAAGUUGAUGUAAAGAGGGCAGUAAGCUACUGUGAUGAACGUGUAUACUGUGAUCAUUGCGCAACUUCAAUCGUUGACUUGCACCGGAGCUGCCCAAAGUGCUCUUACGAGCUUUGUCUGAAAUGCUGCCAAGAGAUUCGCCAAGGAUCGAUCUCUGAACGCCCUGAAAUAAAGUUACACUAUGUUGACAAAGGAUACAAGUAUAUGCAUGGUCUAGAAAUGGAGCCGAGCUCCUCUUCUGUAUCUGAGGAGGACGAAGAAGCUAAACCAUCCCCCCAGUGGAAUGCUGGCGCCAACGGAAGUAUCACUUGUGCACCAAAAGCACUAGGUGGUUGCGGUGAAUGUACGUUGAAGCUUCAGCGAAUCUUACCGCGGAUGCGGAUGUCAGACUUGGAACAAAAGGCUGAGACUCUCUUGGCAUCGUACAUUAUAAGCCUCCCUAGAGAAUUGAACUGUAAGUGCUCUGCCUUGGAGACAGAUAUGAGAAGGAAAGCAGCUUCGAGGAUGAGAUCAAGCGACAACUACUUGUUCUGCCCUGAUUCAAUUGAUGUCUUGAAGGAAGAAGUGCUUCUGCAUUUCCAAGAGCAUUGGGCAAAAGGUGAACCGGUAAUCGCCAGGAACGUUCUUGAUAGCACACCUGGUUUAAGCUGGGAGCCGAUGGUUAUGUGGCGAGCUUUAUGCGAUUCAUCAACAUCAAGUUCUAAGAUCAUCUCUCACGUCAAAGCAAUUGAUUGUUUAUCUCAGUGUGAGGUGGAUGUGAACACUCGUGACUUCUUUGAAGGUUACAGCAAGGGAAGAACAUAUGAAAACUUCUGGCCUGAGAUGUUGAAGCUAAAGGACUGGCCUCCUUCCGAUAAAUUUGAAGAUCUUUUACCUCGCCACUGUGACGAGUUCAUAUCCGCAUUACCUUUCCAAGAAUAUAGCGACCCUAGAACUGGGAUUCUGAACAUUGCAGCAAAGCUUCCUGAAGCACUCAUCAAACCGGACCUGGGUCCUAAGACUUACAUUGCCUAUGGGAUUCCGGACGAGCUCGGUAGAGGCGAUUCCGUGACCAAGCUUCACUGUGAUAUGUCUGAUGCGGUUAAUAUACUGACGCAUACGGCUGAGAUAACGUUAAGUCAAGAACAGAUAUCUGCAGUUAAAGAUAUAAAGCAGAAACACAAGGAACAGAACAAGUUCGAAGAACGUGGCUAUGGUGUUGCAUGUAGCCAAGAGGAAGAAGAAAUGAACAUGCCAGAGAUUCUAAGCCAUGAAAAGGAUGAAACGGGAAGUGCUCUUUGGGACAUAUUUAGGAGAGAAGAUGUUCCCAAGUUGGAAGAGUAUCUGAGAAAACAUUGUAAAGAGUUUAGGCACGCUUAUUGUUGCCCAGUCACAAAGGUUUAUCAUCCGAUACAUGACCAAUCAUGCUAUUUAACCGUUGAGCAUAAAAGAAAACUCAAGGCGGAGUUCGGGAUCGAACCAUGGACGUUUGUGCAAAAGCUAGGAGAAGCCGUGUUUAUUCCUGCCGGCUGUCCUCAUCAAGUUCGGAAUCUGAAGUCGUGCACAAAAGUGGCAGUAGACUUUGUAUCACCAGAGAACAUUAAAGAGUGUCUGCGUCUGACAGAGGAGUUUCGCCAACUUCCGAAGAACCAUAAGGCCAGAGAGGACAAACUUGAGAUAAAGAAGAUGGUGAUCUAUGCGAUCGAGCAAGCUCUCAUAGAACUUGAGACGUUACCAGAAGAGUCCAAACCAAUGGCCCAAUAGUUGAAGGCAGCUUUUGUGUGACAUCUACAAAGAGAUAUUUUGUUGUGCCUUCAAUGUGUAGGAUUCUCGGGUCCCGUAUACAUAUUAGAAAGAAAGAAAUACUUUCAUGGAAAUGUCAACAUAAGUCACCUUUGGAUUUUUCAUCUUCGUUUUCAUGAACUUCAUUGGAUUUUCUAAUCAGAAAAGCACAUUGACAUCGUUAAUUUGUCAUUAUACAAAUUGGUUAUCUUUUGGAAGACAUAUUUCUUUCUUAUUCAAAAGAAAACUGUCUCAAUUUCUUAAAAGUGGUUUAUAAAUGUAAAAACUUUAGUAUUCCACGUGUUUUCCAAAAAAAAGUAAAAUAACAUACUCACAUGCAACCACCAGUGUUUUGGUGGCGGGAAGCGGAGGGUCCGUUUCUUGAAAAACUUGAAAUGUGAACUUUCGCUAGGAUGCGGUGAGUGUGUGGGAAAGGAAGCCGAUAUGCUUCAGCUAGGAGCAUCGCCAACCUAUUGAUAUUUUCACUUCUAUAAUAACAUCUACUCCAUCCGUUCUUUAAUGAUAUAUUUUUUUUAAAAAAAAUAAUUGUUUUAGGAAGAUGUAUUUUUGUGUUUUCUAUAAAAAAAAUUGUAAAUUUCAAGAAAAUUAAUUGAAUUUAUUGAAUUACUAUUGGUUAAAAGCUAUUGAAAACUGAAAAUACAGAAAACAAUACAUUUAUUAUGAUAGUUUAAUGUGUUUUCUUAAUAUGUGUGAAAAUACUAAAAAGUCUUUCUUUGUGGAAUGGAGGGAGUAUAAUAUAAUUUGAUAAAUGAUUUAGUUUACUUGUCGCGUUCUCCAUGAUCUUUGGAUAUUUUUCUUAUUUGUAAUGUUUUCAACAAUUUUAGUUAAUAAUUUUCUUAUUUUUCAUAUUUUAAUUAUUUUAAUUGAAUCAUUAGUUUGAAUAAUCAUUCUAUAUUAUUAUUUAAAACUUAAAAUCAUCAUCUAUAUAAAUAUUCGAUAUUAUUUUAUUUAUUGUAAACUAAAUGCAUAAUGUUUGACUUUGCCGAUUAUAUAAUAUUUAAUGUUAAGUUUAUAUGGGAAAUCUGCUUAAAACUAUUACAAAAGUUUAACCAUGCUAAGGAACAUACUGAAACCCUUGAUUUUGUAUUGGUUGAUGUUAGCGUCCGUCCGUAGAUACAUGUACAUACGUAUUGCUGUUAUGAUACAGGAAAUAUAAUACUUGAAGUCACCUCAUCAACAAAUAAGAGAGGGUAACAGAAGCUGUAUAAAAGCAGAGUACCUGAUUUCAUUUCAUUCAUCGAAAAAUAUCAGAAAGUUUGUUAGAGUUUCUUCUUCCUUUUACCUAUAGUUACAAUAAUUUUCUUGGUAACGUUUUAGGAAAAUCUCCUCAUUGUUGUUCUAGAGCUGUUUCUAAUUCUAAGCUCUUCACAAAUUGAGAGUUGGAUUGGUGUUUUAUAAACAUAAACGUCAAUUCAAUUGCUACUAUUCAUCAUCUUCUUCCAUACAAAUUCUUUGUAUCAGUGGUAUCAGAGCAGUGGCGAACUAAACAAGAGAAACUUCUAAAGUGUUGGAGAUUUAAGUUCAAAGACAAGUUUUUACUUCUAAAAGAUGAGGCAGUAAGAGUUUUAGAAGAGUUGCAGGCUAUGUUAGAAGGUUUGACAUACAUAAUGAAGAUAUGGCAGUCACUUCAAAAAGAUCUUUCUACUGAGAAAAAAUGGAAGUUGAGGAUCAUAUGGUCAGAAUUGACAAUGAGGAAGCGGAGUUUCAUGAUAAGCAACCUAUCGUGCCUGGUUCAGAUGGAGAGCAUGGGCUUGGAGGUUCUAACUACCGGAUCUCCAGAGUCAAAAUCAUGGAGAUAUGUACCCAGCAUGUGCUUCUUAAGGAUAACAUGUAUUACUUUGCUGCAGAAGUUUACAGUGAGAAUGCUGAGGCUUUUGUUAUGCCUCAUGUUCUUUUAACAACACCAAAGUCUUGCAUGUUCUCGUACAUAACAGUAAGACAAAGAAAUAAGUUGUUGUUUGUGGUCACUUGGUGGGAGUUUUGAAAACAUUCUUCAGUUGUGUGGCACCAAUGGAGUACCAAAACAAACCGGGAAAGUGAUUUGUGCUGCCAUAACCAGAGAGUUGCAGGAGAGAACCUUAUAUGUUCUAGUUAUAGUUUCAGGGUUCUUGUUUGGACAGCAGUGAAGAUGUGAACAGCUAGCCUAAACUUUGUUGUAAAAGUUUUUCAACCAGGGGAGAUUUGAUACAAGAAAUAUAAUACUUGAAGCCACGUCAUCAACAAAUAAGAGAGGGCAACACAAUCUGUAUAAAAGCAAAGUAUCUGAUUCCAUUUCAUUCAUCGAAAAAGAUCAUAAAGUUUGUUAGAGUUUAUUCUUCCUUUUCUGUGGUUACAAUGAUUUUCUUGGUAACUUUCUAGGAAAAUCUCCUCAUUGUUGUGCUAGAGCUGUUUCUAAUUAUAAGUGCUUCACACAUUGAGUGUUGGAUUGGUGUUUUAUGAACGUCAAUUCAAUUGCUAUUAUUCAUCAUCUUCUUCCAUACAGAUUCUCUGUAUCAUGUUCAUUGAUGGACAUAAUUAAACCUUUGAUUUUGCAAUACGUAUUGAUGUUCAUUGACUAUUUUGAAACCUUUGAUUUUCCAAUACGUAUUGACAUGUUCAUUGACUCUUGAGGUUUAAUAGUUAGUUAUACUAUCUAUCUAUAAUAAUAAAUGAGACUUUUCGUCUUUCUACUUCCUCCACCUGUGGCAAUAUUUUUUUUAUUCAUUGAAACCUGUUUUGAAUGGGAUUGACCAACGAUUUAUGAAGAAAUUAUGUUUUCAGAUAAGGCCUACAAUGUGGAGAUCCAUUAGAACAUUUCUCAAUCACUUCAACUUCCUCGAACUCAAAGGGGCUGUGAAACCACCGCCGUACCUUUUCCUCUUCCCCUCUGUUCUACGAGGUAACAUCGAGUUGAAUCAAUGAAACCCACUACCUAUUCUUAAAUGUCUCUUUCCUCCAAUCAAUUUCACUUGAAGUCAGUAUAUAUAGAUAUCCGGUGAGUUUCGUCGCCUAAGCAGUUCGUUUGUCUGCUAACGUUUUUCCAAUAUUUCUCCAAAAAGAUCCAAAAUGGUUAAUUCUCAGAUUAUUUUCUCAGAAUUGAAGGGAUGUCAUUGCAGAUAAAAGGGGUAAGUUCAUGGGUGUUGACAUGGUUCUGAUUGACGGGCAGUUACCCAAUCCACUUUAAUCUCUUAUAACUUGACUUAUUCAGUCGUACUUUAAUCAAUGUUUUCUGUUUUACUCCUUCACUUGACAGUUGACACUAAUCCAAGCAUCUAUCCAUGUUAGCCGCUCAACAACUUCAAAUACUUGCUCCAACAAGAAUUCCUUUUAUAAGCUAAGGCUUUUGGAUGUCACCAGGAGCAACCAAAACCUAAGAUUCGCUGAUGCCCCUAUUUCAAUCAGAUUCACAGAUCUCAGCUAGCAUUUACCCUAUCCCAAGAAAGAGCUGCACCUGCAAAAAAAAGUUCUACAGAAGCUUAGGAGAAAGAUCUAAUGCUAGGUAAGGUUCAUGUGGUUAAAUACUGGUUUCAGUGAUCUAAACGUUACUAAAUCCAAAUUUUGUUUACAAGUAUGUUUUCUAUAUGAAAGCCUUCAAGCUGCUUGCGGCAGAAACUCCAAUGAUGAGAAUGAAUCGUCAACUAGAAUUUUUGAUAGGUUGAUGUUACGAGCUAUCUUUGUGUACAUUACCGUCCUCACUGUUCUAUUCCUCAAUUUUUAGCCAGCUACGAUUUUUUUUUUGAAAUAGACUAAAGUCUUGCAAGGUUGUUCCCAUUAAUUGUUAAAAGGGAUGGUUUAUGAAUAGUAUUUAAAAUACCAUGUGUAGAUCCUAAAAUCUACACUAAGUAUUUAGUAGUGAUCGAGAGUUUAAUCUAGGAAAGAUAAAUGAUGUAGGCAAUGAUAUCUUUAGAAUACAACAAUGUAAUCAGUUUCCAGUAGGCAAAAAUGGAUUUUAUUGACGAGUAAGGAUGAAUACAAUGAAUGAAUUGAGAUCGAAUGUUACAAAACGAGAUCGAUGAGAUCAAAGACUAAAAUUAGAGGAAAGCAAGGUCGAAUUGUGGGUGUAGCUCUCUCUAGGGUUUUGAACGUCCUCCUUUUCUUAUUCAUCGAUCUCAUCUUAUAACGGGCUGCUCCCGUGAUCUUCGCAACCGUUCCGCGAUCUCCGGUUCUUCGAAGUCUCUGUCUCGAGUUCGCAUGUUCGCUAUAGGCUUAACUCCUUGCAGCCCAUAUCCUUGAUCGUGGCCCAUUAACGUAUUGACCGAAAUGGGGUCCAACACCAUGGGUUACAUGCAGACAAAGAUAUGGAAGAAUAUACGUGGAACUCUAAGUCAAUGACAGUUGAUGAACUAGUGGAUUUAGGAUUUGGCUCACUAGCAAAUAAAGAUAAGAAGAAGAAUGCCUUCAAGCUGUGUGUGUAACAUUUACCCUUAUGCCUAAGCUAAUGCGGUUCAAUCAUGGAAGUUUUUCUCUUUUAUUAUAGAUUAUUUCUCUAAGUUAUUGUGGUUCUCUAAGAUAUUGUCUAAUAUAGUUCUGUUUCUUUGACUCCUUAUCAGGGAUAUAUUUUUCGAUAUGGGUAGAGGUUUUGGCAGGUUAUCAUCAUUCAAAAUGGACAUGCCAUACUUCGAUUUCUCAAGUCCAGUCAAGAAAACCCGAAAAAUGAAAAAAAGUUAUAGUGAAAGUCAAAAAACAGAAGAAAAAAAAUAUGUUUGCCUUCUCUUAUGAUUUUGAUGCGUACGUAUCCACUAAAUUAUUUAUUUUCUGAAAUCCUAUCUAUGUCAAUCUGAAGUCUGACUCUUUGCACUUUGGUCCAGACUUACCAACAACUAGACAAGCAGUCUCCAGAGGAAAGUACCAAUUUCAAGAAAAAUGCUUCAGCUGAAAAAAGAGAACCAAAUUCCAAGGCUACAGAUAGUAUGAGCAGCACACACUCGAAGCAAGCUGCUAGUAAUAGCAUCACACACUCGAAUCAAGCCACACUAGAGAGCAUUGGAAAUUUAAAAAAGGUGGAAUCACCUGUCUAACGAUGAGAACCUCGUGAGUUCAUACAAUACAUGGACAACCUCAAUCCACCAACAUUUCACCAUUGAGGACAUCAUAUCCAAAGGUUGAAAAAUUUAGACAACAGCAACCUCGCCAUUACAUUCUUCUGAGACUGUAGUACAUAUUGUAGAAAGGAGAGAACCAUUCCAUGUAUCUAUUAAAUACGCAGUUCUGGUGCGAAAGAAGAUUCACCUAGGAUCCCGAAUGGCGAACUUUUAGUGUAGUUGGUUAAGGGCUCUGGAAUGUCUGGUUUAUUAUCAAUUUAAUCAUGAUGUAAACCAGUUGGUUAUUCUUGGUUUAGCUAGUUACACUUGUAUAUAAACAGAUUGUAACAACCUUUAUCCUUUAAUGAGAAAUCUGAGUUUACAUCAAGAACACUAAAAUGGUAUCAGAGCUUUUCCGCAAAAAUUUCUUCGAAUGAGCUCAGAUUCGUCGAUUCUCUUCUCUUUUCUUGGCGUUUUCAUCAUCAGAAUAUUGAUCGGAAGCUGCUCUGUUGCUGAAUUGAUCUCGGAAGUAUCCAAAUCACCUUUGCGAACUUCUCCGUGAUCUCAUAUCAUCAUCUUUGAGCUCUGAUUCUCUACAAUGGUGAAGCAAGGAAGAAAAGCGAGAGGACGUACACCUACUUCCCCGAAUCAAUCUCCGAUUUCAACUCCUCUAGCUGCAAAUGAGAUCGCGAUGAGUCCACAUCCUGAAAUGAUGAACAUUCGCGAUCGACAUUCGACUUUUCCGAUCUUCGACGUUCACAGUCCGUUCUUCCUUCACUCGGCUGAUCAUCCAGGUCUAUCCGUUGUCACUCAUGUUUUAGAUGGAACGAACUAUAAUAACGGGUCUAUUGCUAUGCGAAUGAGUUUGGAUGCAAAGAACAAAUUGAGCUUCGUUGAUGGAUCGCUUCCUAGGCCAGAUAUUGCUGACAAUUUGUUCAAAAUUUGGAGUAGAUGUAACAGUAUGGUGAAGGCGUGGUUGUUGAAUGUAGUGAAUAAGGAGAUAUAUGAUAGUAUUCUGUACUAUGAGGAUGCAGUUGAGAUGUGGAAUGAUUUGUAUUUGAGGUUUCGAGUGAGUAAUCUUCCGAGGAAGUAUCAACUCGAACAAUCUAGCAUGACCUUGAAGCAGGAGAACCUUGAUCUGUCAACAUAUUACACGAAGAAGAAGACAUUGUGGGAGCAGUUAGCAAACACAAGAACUACUACUGUGAAGCGUUGUAAUUGCGAUCAUGUCAAGGAGCUGGUAGAAGAAGCUGAGACGAGCAGGAUCAUUCAGUUCCUUAUGCGGCUUAAUGAGAGCUUUGCCAACAUUCGUGGACAAAUCUUGAACAUGAAACCACGACCGGGAUUAACAGAGAUAUAUAACAUGCUUGAUCAAGAUGAGAGUCAGAGAUCCAUUGGUCACUCCUUGAAGAGCGUAGCUAAUCCGUCUGCAUUUCAGAUUCAGUCCUCUAAUCUUGUUGAGCAACCUCACACUCUCUUGGCUCAGACUGGCUACCAGAAACCUAAGUGUUCUCAUUGCCACAAGAUGGGUCAUACAGCUGACAAAUGCUACAAGCUACAUGGUUACCCUCCGGGUUCUGGUCCUCCAAAGUUGAAGAAACCUCAGACUAUUGGUUCCACCAAUCUGGCUACUCUACCAGUUCAAGUCGUCUCAGAACAACAAACAGAGAAGUCAGAUCAUUUGAAAGAAGAUAUGUCUAGAGAUCAGAUUCAGACCAUGAUUUCUUAUCUUAGUUCCAAACUUCACGGAUCACAUAUUAAAUCCUUACCUGACAAAUCCUUUGCUUCGACUUCAACUUUUGUGCAUGUUAUCUCACAGAUUUCAGGUACUUUCCUUGAUCUAUAUUCUAAAUCUUACUAUGACAUGCUCGUUUCUUCAGUAUCUACAGAACCGGCUGUGUCUCUUAGAGCUUGGGUAUUAGAUUCAGGGGCAACUCAUCACGUUUCUCAUAAUAAAGAUCUUUAUAUAGAAUAUAGAUCAUUAGAGAAUACUUAUGUCACUCUUCCUAAUGGAUACACGGUUCAUAUAGAAGGCAUAGGAUUCAUUCAACUAACUGAUGAUAUAUCUCUGCAUAAUGUUUUGUAUAUUCCUGAGUUUAAAUUCAACUUGAUCAGUGUUAGUGUCUUAACAAAGACUUUUAAUUCUAAAGUGAGCUUUACUUCUGAUCAAUGGUUUAUUCAGGAACUUACACGGGAAUUGAUGACUGGUCAAGGUAGUCAAGUUGGGAAUUUAUACGUCAUGGAUUUCAAUAAAAAUACUCAGUCAAUUUGUUUACAAGAUGUGUCUACCACUUGUUCCUUUCCACCAGUAUGUUCUAGCUUUACUAUUGAUUCAUCUACUUGGCACAAUAGAUUGGGUCCCCCAUCUAGUUCAUAAUUUGAUGUUCUUUCUGAUUUGUUGUUUGAAAGGAUUAAAGAAUGAAAAACAGAGUUCGCAUGUCUGUCAUAUUUGUCAUCUUGCAAAACAGAAACAUUUACCUUUCAAAUAUAGAAAUAACAUUUGUACUAAACCAUUUGAACUCGUUCACAUAGACACAUGGAAACCAUUCUCUGUACCUACAGUUGAUGAUCGUAGAUAUUUUCUGACAAUUGUAGAUGAUCAUAGUAGAGCCACUUGGAUAUAUUUGAUGAAAAAUAAGUCUGAUGUCUUGUAUAUAUUUCCCGGGUUUAUAGCCAUGAUAGAAACUCAAUACAAACUUAAAGUUCAAGCAGUUAGAUCUGAUAAUGCCCAUGAGUUGAAAUUUAAUGAUUUGUUUCUUGAGAAAGGCAUUGUUGCAUAUCACUCUUGUCCUGAAACACCUCAACAAAACUCAGUAGUCGAGAGAAAGCAUCAACAUAUCUUGAAUGUAGCUAGAUCUCUUUUGUUUCAAUCAAAUAUUCCUCUAGAGUUUUGGGGUGAUUGCGUGUUAACAGCUGUCUUUCUUAUCAAUAGACUUCCCACUCCUGUCCUAGAAAACCAGUCACCGUAUGAGAAACUAACUAACAAAACCCCUGACUAUCAUUCUUUGAAAAGUUUUGGGUGUUUAUGUUAUUGUUUGAACCACGGGCUAGAGCUUGUAUUUUCUUAGGCUAUCCUUCUGGAUAUAAAGGGUAUAAACUGUUAGAUAUAGAGACACAUGCCGUUUCUGUCUCGAGACAUGUCCUUUUCAUGAGGAUAUUUUCCCUUUGGCAUCGUCUAACAUCAAAGACAUGACCAAAGAAUUCUUUCCUCAUUUUCAUUCACCUACAACCCCUGAUGUUGUUUCCUCUGAAGCAACAUUGUCUGAUGUACAUCCAAAUCCUGAUGUAUCAUCCUCAGAGACUGUGGCUCCUUUCGAAUAAAAGUCUCACAGACAAAAGAAACCUCCUAAACACUUGCAGGAUUUUCAUUGUUAUAAUACUACUUCUAAUAUUCCAUUCCCUAUGUCAAACUAUAUUUCUUAUUCAUUACUAUCUGUGCCUUUUUGUGCCUUCAUUAAUACAAUCACCAAAGACUUCAUACUACAAACAUAUUCAGAAGCAAAGGGUCAUAAGGUUUGGAUUGAUUCGAUGGGAGUGGAGAUUGGAGCUAUGACAAGAACAGCGACAUGGAGUAUUACUACUCUACCUCCGGACAAGAAAGCAAUUGGUUGUAAGUGGGUGAAUACAAUCAAAUACAAUGCUGAUGGUACGAUUGAGAGACCAAAGUCAAGACUAGUUGCAAAGGGGUUUACUCAACAGGAAGGGUUAGAUUAUGAAUAAACCUUCUAACCUGUCGCCAAACAUACCUCUGUUCGCAUGCUUUUGCUUCUAGAGGCUAAGAUGAACUGGUCAGUCCAUCAAUUGGAUAUUUCAAAUGCUUUCUUGAAUGGUGAUCUUACUGAGGAGAUAUACAUGAAGAUCCCACCGGGUUAUGAGGAGAUUACAGGAGAAUUUCUUCCCAAGAAUGCAGUGUGUAAGCUACACAAGUCGAUAUACGGGUUGAAACAGGCUUCGAGACAAUGGUAUCUCAAGCUCUCCUCUACUUUAACUGGAAUGGGAUUCUCUAAAUCACAUUUAGAUCAUACUCUGUUCAUGCGUUACAAGGAUGGUGUUAUAAUGGGAGUUUUAGUUUAUGUAGAUGAUAUACUAGUCGUCAGCAAUGAUGAUAGUAUGAUCAAGAAUUUCAUUGAAGGGUUACAAUCUCAUUUCAAGUUGAGAUAUCUUGGUCCAGCUAAAUACUUUCUUGGUCUGGAGAUAGCAAGAUCGUCUAAAGGGAUAUCAGUGUGUCAAAGAAAGUACGUUUUGGAGCUACUAUCUACAACGGGACUUCUUGGAUGCAAACCUUCUACUAUACCAAUGGAUCCGAGUAUCAAGUUCUCUCUUGAAGAAGGAGUUCCAUUAUCAGUCUCUUCUUCUUAUAGAAAGUUGAUUGGGAAGUUGAUGUAUCUACAUACAACAGGACCUGACAUCUCUUAUGCGGUAAACACUUUGUGCCAAUUCUCUCAUGCUCCUACGGAUAUUCAUCUCAACCCAGCAUAUAAAGUUUUGAGGUAUCUAAAGGGCACGGUUGGUCAAGGGUUGUUUUAUCCAGCUGAUAACAAGUUUGAUCUCCGUGGAUUUUCGGAUUCUGAUUGGGCAGCAUGUAAAGAUACAAGAAGAUCAGUGAGUGGUAUCUGUAUGUUCAUAGGUGAAUCCUCUUGGAGAUCUAAGAAGCAAGACACAGUGUCUUGUAGUACGGCUGAAGCAGAGUUCAGAGCUAUGGCCUUAGCAACGAAGGAGAUGAUCUGGUUAGCUCGGUUACUUCUUGAGUUUCGAGUUCCAUUUCAACCUCCAGCUUAUCUCUACUGUGAUAACACCUCGGCUUUACACAUUGCUAACAAUUCUGUAUUCCAUGAGAGAACUAAGUGGAUUGAACUGGAUUGUUACAAGACUCGAGAGGCUAUUGAAUGUGGCUUUCUCAAAACGAUAUUCGUCAAGACUGGGAAUCAGCUAGCUGAUACAUUGACGAAGGCGUUGCACCCUGUACCUUUCAGAGACCUCAUUAGCAAGAUGGGAAUGACUAACAUCUUCAUAUCUCCAUCUUGAGGGAGGCUUUUAGUGUAGUUGGUUAAGGGCUCUGGAAUGUCCGGUUUAUUAUCAAUCUAAUUAUGAUGUAAACCAGUUGGUUAUUCUUGGUUUAGUAGUUACACUUGUAUAUAAACAGAUUGUAACAACCUUUAUCCUUUAAUGAGUAAUCUGAGUUUACAUCAAGAACACUAAAACGAACCGAAUGCCAACAAUAAAAGUAUCAUGCUCCAAGUGCUUCCGAAAACUUCAGCAGGGGUUGUCAUCCUUCAUGUGUGCAGCGUGCCAUGUUGAAAAAACUGUUGGGCUGUAAAGUAAGCCAAGCUACGCUAUUUUCCAUUAUCUCGUUCUAACUGGUCCUAAUGCAACUCUCAUUACUUUGACAGCUAACAAAUGAUCUCUUGUUUUCACCACUAGGUACCGGGUUAAGAUGUCAGCUAAUGAUGCUACGAUACUGCCAUGUUCAUUGCUUAUGAUGAUGGGAUUAACAAGUUGACUAGUGUUCCUGCUGAGUUAUUGUUGCUUAAUUUAAAACCUUCCCCCUGUAAGGUACAUGUCACUGUUGUGAACUACAUAUGCAGCUUUGCUAUCCAGUUUGUCUUAAUAAGUCAUACUUGAGUGCGUAGCUCUUUUUUGAAAGUUUAGAUUUGGUUUGUUAUAAAGUUACGUACCCAGCAAGUAAUCUAUGCUUAAUUGACUUUUUUUGUAAAAAGUUCUUAAAGGAAUAUCUGCUCUUGGGCUUUCUAAAAAUAAAUGCUUAUCGUUUUCAAAUUAACUCCUUCAUGAAAAUUGGGAUGAAAUAAUUUAACUAAAGGACCAUAAGAAUCUGGUGAAACAGAAUGGGAAAUAAAUCAAUGUAUAUACCACCAACUUUUUGGUCAAACAAAAUAUGUAUAUCUAUAUCUAUUGUACAGAUAAGUAUCUGUAGAUGGCAGAAUUAUAUUAGAAGAACUGCGACUGCAAAAACAUAUAUGCUCUCAAAGCCACAAAGGAAGGUGGCAUCACAUUGUUAGUAAUGUUGGGUGAGGAUCUUCUGAGUACUUCCUUUAUUUGAUGAAACUUUAAAGUCAGAGGAAGCAGUUCCCAUGUGUUUGUUGUUUGUUAUUUGUUAUUCUGCCGGUACUUCGAGAUUCAUCAGACCUUAGAUCCAUGCAUGAAGCACUAGCUGAACAAAAUCUCUCUCACUUCUAAUCCUAUAAGACGAACACGUUGGUGGACUCCUUUGGUUGAUAACAGCCACAGAACAGCAGCUUAAAACAAAUAAAAAAUGAGAAAAAGUUUUUUUAAUGAACUUUUAGAGCUAUUUUUUUUGGGAAGUUGACUCAGAUAUUAUAUAUUUUAGGACUUAUGAUCAGAACCAUACAAAUCUUUUUUUUUAUUACUGGUAUUUUUUAAAUGCCAAGCGUGUCCUUUAUCCACGUUAUGAGAAAAAACGUAUUUACGAGAAUGCCAUUACUUUUUAACGCCACGUAAGCAAAAAUCCGGCGACACGUAGGAAUACGCUUCCGUGUUUUCAUUAAGUCAGCCGUAAAAGAAUACGUCUUUCGUUACGGCUGGUAUAUGUAUAAGUUUCGGCUGACUUAUAAUAAAAUAGUUGACUUAGUAAAAAUGGCUGAUUUAAGACGAUAAGUAAACCACGCGUAAGGGUUGAGUUAUAUGAAUCUAGUUGAGUUAUUGGACAACGGCUGACUUACGUACUGACUUUACGGCUGACUUAAUCAUCGAUGGAUUGAUUUCUGGAAAAUUUGGUUGAGUCGUAGUAAAGACACGACUCAGUUAUAUCCCCACGGCUAAGUUAAUGAACACCGAAUGGCUGGGUUAUGGGAUGUUUGACGGCUGAGUUAUUUUAAAUCAGCCGAAACUGGAUGGUUUAAUGAAACUCAGCUAUAUUGUGGUUGAGUUAUUAGCGAAAGAUUAAUUACUAGAAUAAUAUUGUUUUAUGGCUGAAUUGUUAAACGAUAUGGUUGGCUUAUUGUAUUUCAUCCUAUUUACAGCUGGGUUAUCAAAAAAGAUUAAUUACUGAACUAGUAUCCACGUUUCGGCAGACUUACUUACUACAUGUGGACUGACUUAGGGUGUCUGAGUUAUAUAUUUUUUUGGUGGCUGAAAAACCGAAUUUCCAUGUCAGCUGCCAUGUCAUCAAUUUGGAUUUGCCAUGUCAUCAGUAACGAAAGAACUUCAAAACUAGGUUUUAAUCAGCCUGUUCAUAUUCCUCUCCUCCCCUUUCAUACCCGUUAUUUCUCUUCUUCAUCUAUCUCAGUUGGUUAUGGAUCCGGUUAUUAUUGUUUCCGGUAACUGGAUUAAGAAAAACAAAUAUGCAUUCAACGCUGAUAGUAGAGGGUGUAGAGUUCUUCAUUUAGAUGAGAACUCUACACAUGAAGAUUUCGCAAAGUCUGUUCUCGAUGAUUACGGAUUGAAUGAAAUGAGUGAUCAUAUUCAGCUAAGCUACAUGUUCUCGAAUAAAUCAUUGAAAACAAUGGCGCACGACACUCCACCAGUGUACGUGUCCAAUACUCGGCAGUUGCAAGGUUUUGUAGCCCUAAAGAAAAUCGAACAACUACGUCUUUGUGUUGAGAUUACGGAGAACAAGGACGACAAAGCAAGAGAGAAGACUAAAACAAACUUCAAUUUUAGCUCAGAAGUAGAAGCGUCAGAAGUUGAGUCCAGAGACGAUAAUUACAGUGGGAGUUACGAUGGUUGCAGUUCGGAGAAUGAAGAAGAGGACAAUGAGAUUGAUUGCUCUAGUAUUGUGGAAGGAGAAAAUCAGAACGUAGGCGGAGAAGAUGAAACAGGCAAAGAAAACGAAGAAGACGAUGAAUUUGAUAGCCGAUUUGAUAUGUUCGACGACUCGAACGGUGCGUCAUCUGAAGAUGAUAACUUCAGCUCAUACGGUGAGUCUCCUUUAGAAGACGAAGAGUCACCAAUGGUACCUCCCAAGAAGAUAUAUCAGAACUUCUCGAUGAGCGGGUCUAAAGAGAGUGAGGAGGUUCUUCUAAGGUUGGAGAUGUCGUCGUUAAAUCUUGCGGUAGGGCAACGAUACGAGAGUAAAGACGAUUUGGAGAGACGACUGAAACUUCUUACAGUGAAGGAUCGAUUUGAUUAUGAUGUAGACAUAUCAACCCGAACAUUAUUCAUUGUUAAGUGUUGGGUUGAUGGAUGUAUCUGGAGGGUUCGUGCUUCUACCAAAGGGGAAUCCCUGGCGUUCUAUGUUUGUAUUUACGAAUCGAAUCAUACAUGUUCUACAACUGAGCAUUCUAAUCGAUGUCGAAAUGCAACACCAGAUAUUUUAGGAGAGUUGUACAAGAACUUUCUCGGCGACGUUGGUCCAGCCGUUCGCCCUACGAGUGUUGGAAUAGCUAUCACUAAGCAGUUUGGUGUAAAGGUAAUUACUUUGGUGUAACUGAGUUAUGUUUACGAAACAGCUGAGUAAUAUGUGUUUCGUAGCGGUUGAUAUAUUUACACAAUGCGGCCGAUUUAUAUUAAAAUAGUGUUGAAUUAGUUUUACGUUGUGAUUGACUUAAUUGUAUGAUGUGGCUGAGUUAUGUGUAUCGUUUUUCAUGUGAACAGAUGGAGUAUUGGAAAUCUUACCGGACGCUGAAAUUUGCAAGGGAAAUCGUUCAGGGAACACCUGAGAGUGGGUUUGAACGCUUGCCUUCUUACUUAUACAUGAUAAUAAGGGAAAAUCCGAGUACAGUUGCGCGUCUUCAAAUCGAUGAGAAUGAAAAAUUCAUGUAUGUGUUUCUUGCGUUUGGUGCGACCAUAAAUGGGUUUCCUUUCAUUCGUAAAGUUGUGGCUGUGGACGGUACGUUUCUUAAUGGUAGAUACAAAGGGACUCUUCUCGCAGCACUAGCUCAGGAUGGUAACUUUCAGAUUUUUCCAAUAGCCUUCGCAGUGGUUGACACUGAAAAUGAUGAUUCCUGGCAUUGGUUUUUUACGCAACUAAAACUUUUGAUUCCUGACGACGAGGGUCUUGCGAUAAUCUCGGAUAGGCAUAACUCGAUUGGGAAAGCAAUUACAAAUGUGUAUCCGCUUGCUUCUCGUGGAAUUUGCACGUACCAUCUAUAUAAGAAUAUACUGGGACGGUACAAAGGAAAAGAUGCAUUUCGUCUGGUGAAGAAAGCAACGAGAUGUUUUAGGAUGUUUGACUUUACUCAGAUUUUUCAGGAGAUUGAAGCGAUUAAUCCAGCACUCCACGGCUACCUCCAAAGGGCUGAUGUCCGACUGUGGACGCGUGUUCAUUUCCCGGGCGAGAGGUACAAUUUGAUGACUACGAACAUAGCGGAAUCAAUGAACAGAGCAUUGUCGAAUGCUAGAGGUCUUAACAUUGUUCGGAUAUUAGAAUCGAUACGGGUGAACGAAGAGAGGAUGCCAGAUCGCAGCGAACCACGCUUACUCGUGGUGUGGAGAAACUACUACAUGUAAGUAAGCCUUUAAAAAAAUUAGUCAGCCUUUAAAUUCAUAAGUCAGUCUUUACAGCUCUUAAGUCAGCCCUUAAGAUGUACUAAGUCAGUCGUUUCACAUUAAUUAUAUAUUUUUAAUAGGGUCGUGUAACUGCCGCCAGAGAUUUGGCGGUACAGAGGAUUGAUGAUCAUCACACUGAAGUUAAAUAUGGAUCUUCCGGCGAGUCUUUGCAUGUUGUUAAUUUGGUAGAGCGAAAGUGCACAUGUCGCCGUUUCGAACUCGAGAAAUUACCAUGUGUACACGCAAUCGCAGCGGCGGAGUACAUGAAUGUUUCUCGUAUAUCCCUGUGCAGUCCUUACUAUACCAGCAAUUAUUUGGUUAGCGCAUACGCUGAAUCGGUCUUGCCGGUUGAUUCAGCGCAACCUGUUCCAGAACUCGUGGCUAACCAACGCUGCUUGCCCCCGACUGUACGUCAACCACCAGGCAGACCGAAGAAAAAUAGGAUGAAAUCUGCUUUAGAAGUUGCACUAUCAAACAAACGUCCUAGGAAAGAGCACACAUGUUCUCGAUGUAGACAGAGUGGUCAUAAUGCGAAAACUUGUCCGAUGUAAGCAAGUGUUGUAGGGAUUUUCAUGUUUUUGUAUUACAGCUUAGUUUAUGGUUUUAAUGUUUUUGUAUUACGGCUGAUUUGUUGAUUUUCAUGUUUUUCUUACGUCUGGGUUGUUGUAGGGAUUUUCAUGUUUUUGUAUUACGGCUUAGUUUAUGGUUUUAAUAUUUUUGUAUUACGGCUGAUUUGUUGAUUUUCAUGUUUUUCUUACGUUUGGGUUGUUGAUUUUAAUAGUUAAUACUUAUGGCCGGGCUGUUAUUUUUCAUGUCCUAUGGAAAGCAUCUCAACGACUCUGAUAUGCGUAACGGCUGGGUUAGUGUUAACAUGGGCUAAGUUAUUGUUUACUAGGCUGAGUUACCUUUUUAACGGCUGAGUUAUUUUGAAUUAGUAGUAUGAAAUAGGAUGAAAUCUGCUUUAGAAGUUGAUAGUGCAACUUCUAAAGCAGAUUUCAUCCUAUUUUUCUUAUAUCAUAAUGCGAAAACUUGUCCGAUGUAAGCAAGUGUUGUAGGGAUUUUCAUGUUUUUGUAUUACAGCUUAGCUUAUGGUUUUAAUAUUUUUGUAUUAUGGCUGAUUUGUUGAUUUUCAUGUUUAUUCUUUAAAAAUUCCCGCCAAAAAAAAAGAAAGGUCGUCAGACGACUGAGUUUCACACUGCCAAUAAAUAAGACUUUCAACUCUAUAUUCUAUAUUUUUACACAUUUUCUCUGUCUAUCUAAAUCAAUUUCACCCCUGAGAGAGUAAAUGAAAUUUUUUCCCUCUUCUUGAAUUGCCUGAAGAAAUUCAGGCGGUAGUGGUUGAACGUGCGGCCCGUAACUCCAUCCAAGAUCUCUAUGGCCUCAAAGCAUCGUCGAGGUCGAUGAAGGCGUUAGCAGAGCGGCGUAAAGUUUGCCAUUUCCUCGAUGUUUUAUCCGUUCCCUGGGGACUCAAUAUGCCUUCUGAGUUGUUGAAAGCUUGCUACGGUGAGGGAAAUCCAAGCACGCUUUAUAUAAAGGGUGUACAGUUUUUCUACUCCUUGGACCUUCACGAAGAAGGGCUUUCUCUCAUGAAGCGUGCAGCAGAUGCUGGAUAUGAGCGUGCUGUGUAUACACACGCAAUGACUCGAGCAAUCUUUGAGGGUGAAGGGAAGUAUUUUGAUGGUAUUCUAUUUGAAUCUGUUGACAGGAUCGGUAAACUAGUGCGCUCUGUGAAAUGGGCUUGGGGUUUGUGGCAUGGUGACUAUUUUCGCGACCAUAAGGUCCUGUUCAUUUGCUUUUUAUGUCAUCGUUCUACAGAUGCAAAUGUGCAAAUCUUGUGCAGCGACAAUGUCACUGCUUGUGGCACAUUGAUGUCACUAAGGAUGAUAACAUGUGUAACCGCUGUUUCUGGAUCAAAGAGCUCGGCUUGUUCUUACGUGAUUUUGAACCGAUAAGCCUGUUAAGGGACACAAGGAAGUGGUGAAGAUGUAUUGUAUCAAAACUUAUCUUUUUAUGUUAUUUGCUAUUCCAGUAUGUUGUAUGUCGAGACUAAUAUUCUAUGGCUAAGUUGUUGUUUUCUAAUAUUUGAUUAAAUGCUAUUUAUAGGCUGA